AUGAAUACAUAAGAUAGAUGUUAUAUAAGGGCUAUUGUAAGAAAAACUAAAAAGACAAUACAAAAUAAUAUCAAAUCAGUCUUAGAUGAAGAUAAUAAUGGAUUAACUGAUUUUGAAAAUAAUGCUGAAGAAUUCCAAAGUCUAUCAGAAGAAUUUUCAGGAAAAUGCAUUCUUUAAAAUUUUGGGAUUUGUGAACUAGAUACUCUAAGUCAUAAAAAGAACAAAGAAGAAAAUAAAUAGAUCUACUUAUUUAAUGACUUUAUUCAAUAAGAAACAGUCCCUUCAGAAAUCAAAAUUAUUAAAAAAUAAUAGAAUUCAGAAAAUGAAGACAAUUAAAAUUCAGAAACCCUUUCUGAUUCUAGUUAAUGUUAUGAUCUAAAUUAUGAACUCCACUUAAUAGCUUAAUAAGGUGAAAUAGAUUAUUUGGAGGGAUUAAAAGGAUUUUAAAAAAAAGUUGAAACAAAAUAAAAAUAUCUGAAUCGCUCAAAAAAAAUGAAGAACAAAAUUAUUAAAUAACAUCAAAUACCAUAAAUUUAAUAGAAAAAGAUUAUAAAGAAUAUUUGA